UGACGCAAUGCCUCCUCCCAGCGGACCGUCAUGGACCUUGCAACUGCUCUCGUGCUUCCUGCUGGCUGCAAGUGCCUCGACCUUCAACAUCCAAGCCGACAGCGCCGUUGUGAUCAAGGGAGAAGCAGGGUCCAAGUUUGGCUUCGAUGUCGCUCUCUGGACGCAACAGAAGGGGAAUAAGUUGGUUAUCGGGGCACCUGAUGACCUCGCAGACGAAGGUCAAAGGAAAGGUCAUGUCAGGUCAGGUCGGGUCUUCAUCUUCCAGCAAGAGGAGAGUUCAGUAAAGACGCUGAAGAACAUUACUUUAUUCCAGAUGUGCGCACCUCGAGCUUCUUUCCUUUACAAGCGAGGAACAGCAGAGUCACGCGUGCCUUUGGGAAAGUGCUUGCUGAUCCGGGACAUUGACUCCAAAGGCGAGCACAUUAGACCUAAGAGUGCUUUUCAAGAGACUUCAGACGCUAUUCAGUACUGUGGUUUCAGCGCUGUGUUUGGAAAGAAUGAUUCAGCUGUUUUCCUCGGGUGCCCCAGUAUUAUGAAGGAAAAUCAAAGUUAA